CGAAAGGUGCUGUGAGAAGAAAGGAAUAUUCUGUUAUUACAUUACUGGCUGUGAAAGUUUGGGCUUGUCUCUUCCUGCAAUGCCUGUGUGGCAGAUUCAAGACCCCCAUACUUUUAACAGUUCUUGAAAAAUUACCUCCUUUGCCAUCUAGCCACGGCCAGGGCAUGCUGCUUCUUGGAUUCUGGUGGGCAGAUGUAGGUUUCCUGGCCGGUCCUUUCCACAGCUCUGAGGACAGCCUCAACCGUUUUAACACCUCCACUGGCCUCCUCCUGCACCAUGGGAAUCCCCCAGCCCUCACUGUGGUGCCGCUCCAGCUGUGUCAUUUCCUGAUGAGAGGGUAUGCCUUCAAGCUGGGCGAACGGUGACCUGCAGGGAAGGUCUCCCUUGGAAGCAGUUGGCAUCAAAAGCUGUUUUCACAUUUGUCUCUGUGAACCCAUGGUCGCCUCUGCCUGGGAAGCAGCUGCAGGGAAACCUCUCUUCCAGAGAACACGAUGGUGAUGAGGGAGCUGAGAGACGCACGCAUAACCUUGGCAGGCCCAGCUCUGCCUCAUCCUCCAUCUGAAGCCCCUGUUCCUGCCCCACACCCUGUGUGGACGGCCCUGAGUGCCCCUGGGCCACAGACGAACAGCCCUCAGCUCCGGCAGUGGCAGGCUUGAUGGGGCGGUGGUUUCUAACAGCCUCCUGUGUAUUGAUUUCUGGGUGGGAGAGAAACUACAGCCGCUUCUCUUGGAGAGAGGCUGGAAACCGAUGCUGCUUCGCCCACAUCUAUUUCCUGCAGCGUGGCCAGCUGCCUGCCGGCUCUGUGACCUUGGGCACGCCACCCCGCUCCCUCAUCCCCGCCAUUGUCAGCGUUCACAGAGGCCCAUGAAGGGCAGUCUCUGGCUUGGUAGCGCUCACAAAAUCCCUGCCCUGGGUAGAUGCAGGUCUCCAUUUCCACUCCUGAGGCAGAAGGGCUUGGAUCCUCCAGAGAGCAGACGCUAAGCUGGAAGCAGUGCAGGAGACUGGAAGAGAAGACACUGUGGCAGAUGCGGAGUGGGCGAGGAGCAGGUGGACAGAGCCUCAGGCUGGGAUGCAGGGCUGACCUGGGGAGCAGGAGUGGGAAGGGAGGAGAGGGGACAGGGAGGAAGAGCCUUGUCCUCGCUGUGGCCCGGAGGAAGUCCCCACAGCCUGGCCGAUGGCGUCCCCAGAGCGAAGACUGCACUUGGAGGAGUCCAUAGGGCAAAGUGGUCCAGCCACAGUGCCUGCCCCUCGGACUGGUCCCAGAUGGAGCAGCCCAGCCACGCACAGUGGGCAGCGAUUCUUACUGAGGUGGCACAAGCAGCUGCUCCUCACUCCAGCUGGUGCUGUCAUGAGGGAAGGGUCUGUGGCUGACAGUCACCAUGGGUUUCCCUGCAGGACCCCGGGUUCCCCAGGCCCGCCACGGCCUCUGUCUGUGGAGUCCUCCAGGCUGGCUGAGCACUGUCCCUUGCUAGGUAUAUCCUGCUGCUGGGUCCUCGGCCUGUCACCGGGUGCUCCUCCUACCUCCCAGCUGUCAGAGGUGGGCACCCUGCUCCAUGAAGCCUGGGUGGGGCAGGAGAAGCCCUAUGGGGGAGUUCCCAGGCUGCAGAGACAAUGCAGUGAUACCCAGGCAGACUGCGCUGUGGCUGUGCUCAUGCCCGGAGCUGCCCUGUGUGCCACGGUGGGUGGAGUUGGAGCCAGAUGCCGGCUGAGGCUCAGUAAUACUCUGUCUGCUGCCAGUGAGUCAUUAUCAUGGGCAGGUACUGUCCCUGGCCCUGGAAAUGGAGCCCUGGGAAACAAGAACGGUGCCCUCCUGGGGCUCAGAGUUGAGCAAGAUGAGGAAGAGAAGCAUAUUUGACUUGGCC